UGUAAGCAAACUCCGUCUCACCACCACCUGGUAACACUGAAUCGAGCGGAAAUCGGGAGUCGCAGCGCAAUCGCAUGCAAUUUGUUUUGUUAUUAAUUUUGCAAAUAAUCUCGGGCUUGGUGCUGCUGCCAAUUGUGAUCCACUACGUCUAUUACAUAAUAAAUGCGAUUGCCGGCGACUUGUGCGAGCAAAAGAGAGCGCAACGAGAGCAGCAGCUGCAAAAGAGUCCCAGUCCGCGUCACCCCCCGCCGCCGCCCACCGAGGAAAAGCUUGGGGCUUUCAUAAACAAUUUGACAAAUUCUUUGCGUUCGCCAACAACAAUGCAAACAAACGAUGACGCCAAGUUUAUUAAAAAGAGGUGGAAAGGCGGAUCCAUCGAACCGCAUCCCACGGAUAAGGCGCUGAUUGUCAACUACCAAUUGGAGGCCACCGUCUUCGGGGAGCCCAACAAUCCGAUGAUCGAGGAGAAGAAGCACUGUCAAAAAAUCAUUCGACUGCGCUCGUUGAACGCAAAAACAGAUCCGGCGGCAUUAGCUCGCGAGGUGGUGGAAAAGUGCGACCUCAUCCACAAGUCGCAGCUGAAUGACGUUGAGCAGAUCAUCUUCUACCUGAAGAAUCGCAAGGACAAUGCCAGCAAUGAUAUUCCGGACAACAACACUCACACCCGGCGAUCGGCGGCGCUGCACACCUCGCACACCCGGUCCUCAGCCCGAUCGCACAGCAGUGUGGCGGCGAUGAGCAGCAGCACUGGGAGCGCAGCGGGAUCCACAGGAGCCACCAACGGUGGGUCGAAUGCCCUGAGUGCCGCCACGCCCACGGCGGAUGUGUCCAUCAACAACAUCGAUGAGUACGUGGAACUGUUGUACGAGGAGCUGGGCGAACGCAUCCGGGGCUCGGCCAUGAUUCUCCAGAUGGCGCGCAACCCGGAUAAUCUUGAGGAGCUGGAAAAGAAUGAAGCCUGCCUCAGCGCCUUGUCGCGUGUUCUCCGCGAGGAUUGGCGCAAAUCCUUGGAUCUCUCCACCAACAUAAUCUACAUCUUCUUCUGCUUCUCCACCUACACCAAGUUCCAUCCACUUAUAGUGCAAUACAAGAUUGGAUCACUGUGCAUGGACGUGAUCGACUACGAGCUGCGUCGCUACGAAACGAUGCGGAACGAGCUGGAUGUGCGCAAGCAGCCCAACGGAUCCUCCACUCCGCACUCGGCGAAGGCCAGCAAGGAGAAGCUGAACCGCAGCACCGACGACUUCCUAGACAUCAUGAACGAGGAGAAGCCCAAGGAGAUGGAACCUCCACGCCGUCGCAUUCCGGAGCUGAAGCAGCGGCCCAAGUCGGGCAACUGGAGCAGCUUCCACGGCUCCAUGUCGUCGUCGCUGAUCAAGAGCCAGAUCCUGAACAGCAGCUACCAUGAGGCGCUCUGCGCCGGCGGCUCCCCUGCCGGCGAUCCUCCGGCCGUGCCCGCUGAGUUCAAGGCCCAGAGCAACGAGUCGCUGGACAGGAACGAUCCCAAGGUCAAGAAGGAGGAAAUCGACCGGCUGAACAAGCAGCUGAAGAUCUUCGCCAAGAAGCAGGAGCAGCUGCUGCGCGUGGCCUUCUACCUGCUGCUGAACAUGGCCGAGAACGUGAAGCUGGAGGAGAAGAUGCGCCGCAAGCACAUUGUCAAGAUGCUGGUCAAGGCGCUGGAUCGCCAGAACAUCGAUCUCCUGAUGCUCGUCAGCACGUUCCUCAAGAAGCUGUCCAUCGUGGGCGACAACAAGGACGAGAUGGGCGCGCUAAACAUCGUGGCCAAGCUGCCGCGAUUGUUCCAGAGCACGCACACGGAUCUGGUGCAGGUCACCUUGAAGCUGGUCUUCAAUCUCUCCUUCGACGGCGGCCUGCGUCGCAAGAUGAUCGCCGCCGGCUACCUGCCCAUGCUGGUGAUGUUCAUCAACGAUGAGAAGCACCACGGCAUCGCCGUCAAAAUCCUCUACCACAUGAGCCUGGACGACAAGGUGAAGGGGAUGUUCACGCAAACGGAGUGCGUGCAAAUGGCCACCGACGCCAUAAUCCUCAACCUGAAUGUCAAGGUCGAUCUCGAUCUCAUUGCCCUGUGCAUCAAUCUCUCGCUGAACCGCCGCAACGCCCAGAUCAUGGUGGAGGGCCAACGGCUGCACAGCCUGAUGGAUCGGGCCUUCAAGUACCAGGACGCCCUGCUGAUGAAGCUGCUGCGGAAUCUCUCGCAGCACGAGUCCCUGCAGCUGCAGUUCAUCGACUAUGUGGGCGAUCUGGCGCGCAUCUUGACCAUCUGCGACGACGAGGCGUUCAUCGUGGAGUGCCUGGGCAUCUUGGGCAACCUGGCCCUCACCGACUUGGACUACUCGCAGAUCCUGCAGAACUUCCAGCUGAUUCCCUGGAUCCGGCAGCUCCUGGUGCCCUGCUCCCGCAUGGACGACCUUGUGCUGGACACGAUUGUUUACCUGGGCACCUGUGCCUGCGACGAGCUGUGCGCCCUGCUCUUCUGCCGCGCCAAGGUGGUCAUUUCGCUGAUCGAGCUGCUGAAGGCCAAGCAGGAGGACGACGAGAUCGUGCUUCAGAUCAUCUUCGUGUUCCAGCAGAUCCUGCGGCACGAGAGCACCAGGGAGUACAUGAUCAAGGAGACGGAGUCGCCCGCCUAUCUGAUCGAUCUGAUGCACGACAAGAACGAGGAGAUCCGCAAGGUGUGCGACUACUGCUUGGACAUAAUCGCCAUAAGUGACAGCGAGUGGGCCAAGCGCAUCAAGCUGGAAAAGUUCCGCAACCACAACUCGCAGUGGCUCUGCAUGGUGGAGUCGCAGCAGGACCAGGACAACGAGCAGGACUACGCCGAUCAGGAGGACGAGUGCGACAACGACCUGGACACGUACCUGCGCUCCGAGUACUUGGACAACUGCGAUCUCUACAACCACGACAACGCUGACAACGACAGCAACAGCAACAGCAACCACAGCAAUAACAAUCCGGCCAGCCCGGCCAUGUCCACCUACAGCAGGCCACUUAGCACCUAUCGCCGCAGCCAGGACCUCGACGACCUGUAUAACAUGACCUCCAGUUCGAAGUCGCAGGGCUCCAGCGACAACAACUUCAUGUUCAAGUCGAACAAGUCCCUGGAUGCCGACGGCCUGCACGAGGAGCUGCUAAUGGCCUAGUGCAGAAAAAGAAGAGAAGACAGGCGGGCGGUGAACCGAGCCGAACCGAACCGAUCAAAUUUUUAUUAAGAAGCUUCUGCUGAUGCCGAUGAACCCGUGUACAUGUUUAGUCACUACCUAAUUACGACCUUCUGCUACGAUUUAUAGAACAUAUAUAUAUAUAUAUACGAUACUUUCACGCUUGUUAGUCAAAGACGUUAAAUGAUUUUAGCGACGCGGCAACUUUGUACUCAAGACAUUCAAGUCGAGCAACGGCGCACAGUUACAAAUUUAACUUUAGUUCGGUUACUUUUUACUUACUUACUCAUUACGGAUUACGUAUUAAUUGUGUUUUUGUUAUUUAUUAAUUUAUUGAGGCCUUGUAUUAGUACUAUUUAUCGCUUAGCUUCUCCUCGGUUGCUUGCAAUGCAAUUACUGUGCAAUAAUCUCUGACUCAAAGUAUUACGUCGAACGUUUUUAGUUGUACUCGCUUUUAGUUUUAAAACCGAUCCUUUAUUUUUUUGGUUGUUUAUUGCAUACCUUACGAACGAAAGUCAAAUUGUAAUAUUAAAGACGGGCAAAAAAUGGACAAAAUGAAACCCCGACAAAAUAUAUACAAAGCUAAUGUAAA